AUGAGCAGCGGUAGCGGCACACCUGUCAGGAAACCGAGGCAACAUUUUACGCGAUCCAGGACGGGUUGUUUGGCGUGUAGGAAAUCCAAACACAAAUGUGACGAGGCCAAACCUAUUUGCCAACGAUGUAUACGAUACUCCAGAACUUGUCAAUACCCCAGUCAUGUCAGUGUGUCAAGCUCCGCUACGCCGCCAACAAGUGGAGGAGGACCAGCUCAUUUAAGCGCAUUGGAUAUUGAUAUCUUUGAUCUGCCACAUGCUCCUACAAGCACGACGAGCGGUCCGAGUAACUCGAGCGGUGUAGCUGGCGGAUCAGUUCCUGGUCCAUCAACUCAUGCGGGACAUCACCCUCCCACAGUCACGAAUAUGAUACCCCAAGAACUAUCCCCUCCGGACCUGCUCGAGUGGGUGUACCCAGAUCUUGAGGAGAGAGAAUUGAUUCGUCACUUUCUUGCAUUUGGCACCGUCAACAUGUGCGCGAUUCCUCAACCUGACAAACCUAUCAAAUACUUUGACAUUAUCAACUCUAUCAUGAAUCCUCGAGGUUCCUCCCUCGAAUCUGAUUCACUCCUCAUUUCGAUCCUAUCCAUUGCGGCCGUCCAUCGAUCUUCCAUGUUCUUUCAACAGGAUAAAGGAUUUCUAGGCGAAGCUCCCAUAGGACCUUGGGGCGCUCCUCCGUUACCGAUCACUGGACCUUCGGAUCAUUCCAUCAGUCGGUUGAGAAAGGUCGGUGAGAAUACGAGUAAAAUGGCUUUGGAUCUAUGCCGGACGGCCAUGGUACUGAAACUCGAGGGGACAUACUCGCCCAAAGAAUUUGCCAUAUCCAACAAGCUUCUCACCGGCGUCAUGUGUAUCAUUGACUCUCAGGAGAUGCUCGGUGGACUUUUAUGGAAGGAGGCUUUUGACGUCGGACUCGAGCUCGUCAAGAUGCGUGGCGGACCGCGGACCAUGUUGGAGUUGUCAGAGAGCUCUUCAGAGGAAUCAUUAUCUACAGCUAGGUCGGUCUUAGAAAACAUGGCCUACAUCGACAUGUGUCGGUGCAUGGCAUCCGGUGCUCGACCGAUGGUACUGUUGGAAGCGUUUGAACCGUGGUGGUUCGAUUUCGUCAAGGAUCAUCCCCCAGAUAGUAUGGACAGUUUUCAAUAUGCGUUUGGGAUGGACAGAGGAAUGCUGGAGCUGGCGAACCGGGUCAACCGCUUGGUCUACGAACAUACGCUUCUUGCCAAAAUGUCUGAUCGGGGUCACCAAAACCUGCAUGACCACAAGAUUCAAGAUAUUCAGGGUGAACUCGAUCUCUGGGAAGAGCGUAUUCGAAAAGAGGAUAAGAACGAAGAGUUUCGUCGCGUGACAUAUGGCAACGUCAUUAUGCUUCAUACGCUGAGAAUCCUCGUCCUCAUCGAUCUCUUGCAAUAUUCUCACCUUCAUGACAAGGUUCAGCAUUCUGCCAAGACAGCCCUGCGAUAUCUCAACGAUUCGAGAUCCUGGUCCGUCAUUAGCUUGCUGGUUCCGACGCUGAUACUGGCCGCUGUGAUUGCCGAUCCUGCUGGAACUGCGACUGCCAAACAGGUCAUUCAAGAUUUGAGAUUGACCACGAGUUUUGCGUAUGAUGUGGAGGAGGCUUUGAACGUGUUUGAAAAGGUAAAGCGAUUCGAAACGAAACCCUGGGAUCACAGGCUAAUUUGA